AUGGCAGCGUCACGAGUUCCUGCCGCAAUGCAGCUGGCGAGUGCAAUGUCCCAGCUGCUCGCGAAGGAAUUGCGCAGAAAGUGUAGGAACGUGCAAGUUGUGGACGAUGUCAUCAAUUGGGUGUGGAAGCAGGUCAUUAAGCCGCAGGCGCAGAAACACGCAAAUUUGACUGAUCGAGUUCUUGAAAUGAUGUACGAAGAAACGAAGGUGUGGAAGAAAGUUAAGAAACAUAAUGUCGCCCUCGAUGCGUGCGUGAGCGCUGUAAAGCUGGAGUGCAACGCCCUGUCCGUAUUCACGGAGAAACGCGAAGCAGUGGCAUUGGCGCUCAGAAUUUUAUGUCAGGAUGAAAUGAAAGAGGUUUUUCUGCGUCCGCUGCUUGUUCACAUGGAUAUACUUGAUGAUUACGAUCGUGUCAACGAUGGUGGGUACCGUAAGAUUGAUAUUGUUGGCGCCGACAGUGACCUCGGACAGCGUUACCGACGUGGCAUCAUUGAGUAUUCUGGUGCUUCUAACAUGGAUGUUUUUUUGAGGCACCUGGAGGCAACUGUGAACGACUUGCAGGAUGCGGAUGUGGAUAAGGCAUUUGGCGCUGGAGUUGGACGCUUUGUUGACCUUGUGAGAGAGGCCCGCGCAAGUGCACCUGUCGUCGACGCGGGCGAAUCUGUUUUGUCUCGAGAACCGUUCCAGGACUUCCUCUCCAUUGUGUAUCCGUGCUACUAG